AUGAAUGACAUUUUACAUGAAGACACAUCUGGUAACCUCCUUCGAGAUGCCCUGGGAAUCGUCUACAUCUCAGAUAAAGCUUCGGCCAGAAAGUACCAAGAGACGAAAAUGUGGCAAACCAUGGAGCUGCCAGGCACCUUGAAACACGACCAGCUUGAGACACUCUGGCGUUUAUUCUCCCGCAUGAUCACCUUCAUCGAGGAUUAUGCCUCAAAAGCAACAAGCGUUUAUCCUCCAAGAGCUUACCUUGGUAUUCCAGACAUAAUCAAUGGUAACGGAAGCUACUUCAAGGGGCAGAGAUUGGAGACCAAGGUCGUCAGGUUCAUGAGCCUGACGGGUACCGAACGAUAUCGGUUCUUACGCGCUUUUGCGAGAUAUGAGCUGCUUUGUAAGAUUUUUUAUCCGCGGAAAAGGAGUCCUGAAGAAACAUAUACGAUGGAAAAGCAGCUAAUAGCAAUGUCUGAAGAUUCUGAUUUGACGAUGAUGACGUCAGUUCAUGAAUACUAUCGAGGUGCAGAGCAUCGAGGCCUGGAACAAUCAGAUGAGGAACCUGAAUACGACGAAGUCAGUAUGGACCGAUUUGGAACAGUUAUACAUAAACGGUCUCCACAUUUGAAGAGAUUGCAUGGAUUCCAACUUCAUAUUUAUCGGCAACGAGCUUGGGGUCUCUUUGACGACGAUAGGCUGUAUCCGAUGCACAACAACCACUUCCCGACUCUGAAUGAGUUUGACCAAAUGGAAAAGGCAUUUCAGGAUAAGGUGUUUCUUGCGCCAGACCUUGAGCGCAGCCGAAGACGGUCUCAGAAGUGGCAGGACUAUUGGGCUUUGAGAACUCUGGAGCCUCCUGAGCAACAGUGCAGUGAGGAAGAUAAUAAGGUUUCUACGAAAGGGUACGUUGGGCCUUGUGUGAGGUUCUUCAGUGCUUCUUCUGGGAAGCUGCCAAUUACAUAA